CCUGUUAGUUUCAUGGUCUAAUCUUCGAAGGUAAGGAAAGCUUAAGCUAACAACAAUUCCGAUCGAUUUCUCUGCUCCACGACGUACUUAGGUGCCACGCACCAAAAUCGAAUCCCCUCGGGCGGUGUAGUACCCAUAGCACGACAACUAAAAAAAAAACGCAAACGCAACUUAAUGCUUUUUUUUCGCACAGUUUUUCUCUUCACUACAUCUCUACCCUUUACUAUCUCCUUCGCCUCUUUCUUGCAAAAAUCGCCAGCCAUGGUAAGCCCCCCUUCCUCGCUGGCGCAAACGGCAACGUCCAUCACCGUCGGCAUUGUCGGCGCGACGGGCGCGGUCGGGAUGGAGAUGGUGAAGCUUUUCGAUAAGAAGAACCUUCCAAAUCUAACCGUAAAGCUCUACGCCAGUGGGCGCAGUGCGGGGAAGAAAGUGAAAACGGAAAACUUGAAAGCCGACGACAAUACGCCUUUCCUCACGAUUACCGAGUACAACACGGAGGAAGUGGCGAACACCUGCAACGUCGUGCUGCUCGCAACCUCCGGCGAUUGGGCGAAGGAAUAUGUUCCCCAGUUACACAAACUGAAUCCGGACUUGAUCGUCAUCGACAACAGCUUAUGAAAUGCAAAUAUGUCUGGGUCUGGUAACUUGUAGUGCUAAAAGUGUAUGAUAGACGCACUGCCAUACGCAGCUAUGCAUGACAAAUUUCUUGGCUGCCAUGUCUUACGUAUUCCGCAUUGCAAACUGCGUUUUUGCAUGACAGGGAAGAGGGCCUUUUCGUGCCUAUGCAACACAGAUUCUCGAGGCAUGCCAGACAAGCAUGACAGACUUGCAUUCAUCCAGACCCAGACACUUUUGCAAUUCAUACAGCUCCGCUUUUCGGUACGACGAGAAUAUCCCCCUUAUCGUCCCGGAGAUCAACGGGGAGCGGGAUCUCCUUUUGAAUAAGGAGAAAAAAUACGAUUUGAAGAAAAACGUUUUGAUCGCGAACCCGAACUGCACGACGGCGAUUAUGGCGCUGAUCAUCGCGCCGCUGACCCAGCAAUUCGGAAAAAUCAAGAGGAUGCUGGUGUCGACGUACCAGGCGGCGUCGGGGGCCGGGAAGGGGGGGAUGGAGGAGCUGGAUAUGCAAGAAAAAGACUGUGUAAGUGUAAGUCUGUGAUGCAGGAAAUGCAAAAUAGUAUAAGCUUGUCAUGCUGGAUGUGCAUCAUCGGCAACUUUCAUGCGUGUUUCCAUGUGCUAGCUGGGCAUGACAGGUUUUCCCUGUAAUGCAAAACGAACUUGUGAUGCUGUUUUCCUACAAAGUUACACUUACACAGUUUUUUUUCCUGGAUACUGGAGGAGCAGAUGACGCUGUACGGGGAGAAAAAUUCACUGGAGAAGAAGAAGAAAGUGGAAGAACAAUCGGAAGUAGAUGACCCACUGUACCAAAUUGUCCACGACCACUACAAGGAGAACAACGCGGUGCAGCAAAAGCGGGGCGUGACCAAGAACGAUUUCGCCCACCCACUGAUCGGCAACGUGAUAUGACAAUGCACAACUCGCCGUCCUCUCCCUCAUUUGUCCUGCAAAAUUCCAAACCCAGUCGCUCUCGCUGCCUUGUUGCACUGUUGGCAUGACAGAUUCUGGAAGCUGCCUAAACAGAACUACAUAGAUUUGUCAUGCAUCGACGCCACGGGUUCUAGUGUUUGUAUUGCUGUUCAAGCGAUACAUUUGAGGGGGACGGGGAGUUGUUUACUCCCAUACGCCAUCCCCCACAUCGACAAGCCGCAGCCGAACGGCUACACCAAAGAAGAGAUGAAGGUGUCCUGGGAAACGAAAAAAAUCCUCGGUGCGGGAGACGACAUGAAGAUCAGCUGCACUGCGGUGCGCGUGCCCACCAUGUAUGCAUUGCAAAAGUAUCGUACUCGUAUAAAUGCAUUACAAGUUUCCUCAGCAUGAGAAAUAAAAUCUGUAAUGCGGAUUUAGCUUCAGAAAAAAAUUUGUUAUGCAUGACUGCAAUUACUACGAGUGCGAUACUUUUGCACAGGAUACCAUGCGGGCCCACGCAAUGACGGUGGUGCUGGAGUUUGAGGAUGGGGGAGGAAAUCCGGUAGUGAAUGCGGAAAAUGCUCGCUCGUUGUUGACGGAGAAAGCGGACGAGUUCGUCUUUGACGUUAUCCUGUGUAAACGUCCCCACCCCAGAGUUGUCAUGCAAAUCUGCAUGCUGAGAAUGUUUCUCAUGCGGAGACACAUGAGAGGCAGUCUCUAGUCGUGUUUUGGAAUUUGUAAUGCGCCAAUCAGCAUGAUAUACUAGAUCUGUGAUGCUGCCGAACUACCUCAAACAGCACUACACUGCGGUGCCAAAUUUGUCAUGCGAAACAGCCAAAACUCGUGGACUUGUCUAGCCGAUUCCCCAUCUUGAUUAUGGGGUGUGGACGUUUUUACAUAUGAUAGACGUCGUGGACAAUCUCGACGAAAACGAGUACCCCAUGCCCGUGUUCGCCGCGAACAAGGACAAAGUGCAGGUACAGACAUAGAUUCAGUUUGCAUUCAUCUUCAUCUUCUUCACAUCAAGUACACAAUCAGCCAAUUUUGGCCUGCGACGGUACUUUUGAGGAAGUCAAGUCUGUUGCUUUGGUGUUGUAAGUAGUACUGGAUGAGGACAAGUUCUUUAAAACCAGUUUGUCAUGCACUAUUAUUGCAGAUCGAAACAGAAACUCUACAUUGCCGUAAAUCAUAAUUUUCAGGUCGGCCGCAUCCGCAAGAGCGAGGUUUUUGACAACGGAAUUGAGUUUUUUGUCGUCGGCGAUCAGCUACUCCGCGGCGCGGCCUUGAACGCGGUUCUGAUCGCAGAAAUGUUUUUCAAGGUCAACGCCGGAAAUCUAGGGGCAUAGAGUUGGUUAGGCGGACGAUUAUUGCAAUUGUUUGUUGAUGCUAGUACGCCACCAGGUACUUUAGUAUACAGAGAAGAGGAUGCGCAUUUGUUAUCCACGGAAAUAAGCAAACCCUGAAUAUUCUCACCUGGCGAAGAACGCGAUUCGAAGAACACAUUUGUAGAAAACGCAUACAGGAGAAUUCCAUUUCAAAGUACAAAAUUCCGAU